AUGAUUUCGGCGGGACCACUACAACGCUGGACAUUUGAAUUGAUCGAACUGACAAGUGGCACCAGUGAUCCCGAUAUUGUCGAUUUGAAAUUAGAAAUUGUACGUUUAGGUCGCGGAAAAUACGGUUUCAGUGGUUUUAUGGACAUCAAAGUUGAUUUGUAUGAUGAUCUUAAAAUCGGAGGCUCUAUUGAGAGAAGCAAAUAUCGAAAUGGUCCUUAUAGCAAGUUUCCAAUGGGCGUUGAGAAUGAACCACUCGCUAGUGCUGUCAAUAAAUUUUAUACACUUAUUUUACAGCCGGAGGCGGAAAAAUGCUGUGAAAAUGCUCCAAUUUUUAAGAGUAAAUUUGUGGCGCCCUUAGAAAAACGUAAUGUAACAAUCAAUAAUUGCGCUCUGUCCACCGAUAAUUUGCCAAAUGUUAUAAUGGAGGGCUAUUAUAGACUUCGUUUGACAUCCUCUGGACCAGUUGAUGUGUUUGUGGAGGCUUUAUCAUUGGUGGAAAAUAAGAUAUUUUAG